ACAGUCUCAGGACACAUCUAAAGAAUACAUUACAAUGAAAGAGAUGUUAGCUGAUCUUGUUGACCUGUUAGCAGGAAAUGCUCCAGUUAUUUCUCAGAUAAAUAAUCAUCUCUUUUCAUCUAAUCUCAUUCCUAAAGCAGUACAUGUUACUGUGGAAAGUACUGCAGGACUCAGUCCUUAUGAUAGAGCUAAUAAAAUAUUCUCUUCAGUACUAGCAACACUUGAGUGUCAUCCUAAUCCUAACAGUGUGUUCUCUUCUCUCAUUACAUCACUACAGAAAGUAGAACUAAAGAGCAUGGCAUCUAAACUAAUGGUAAAAUUAAAAAUGAAAGGUGGUCAUGUUGAUGCUAAUCUAGAGCAGGAACCAUCAGUCAAUAAGGGACCACUUCAACCAGUGGAUGUCACUGCACAAUCUCACACACCACAACCAACAAUCACUGGAUCACUAUCAUCUACUCCUACUACUGUCAUUGAGCUCAGUUCAAAGAGUGAAGUUGCUACUAAUAUUGGAGAUCUUAUUUCUCUUUUUGCAUCUCUUGAUUCUAAUAUAAGAGGUGAGUUUGAGGAACUGGUGGAAAAGGGUAAAGUGAAGCUUAAAGCUGUAGCUAGGAGUGCAGCAGCUUAUUUAAGUAUUCAAGUAUCCGAGUUGAAAUAUGUUGAUGUUGAUGAAUUAUUUGAUUCUCUUCAGCCUCAUUAUGAUUUCUUCAGCUUUGGUGUACUUAAACACUUGACAAACUCUUACCUUUCAAAUUCACAAACUGAACUAACUCAAUACAUUGAUAGUGUUGAUAAAUUCUCAGAAUCAUCACAAUUGAAACACAUAAGAUCAACAAUCAAAAAGAAAUUAUCAUCAUUACCAGCAGGAGCCUCUCUGACCUCUAGUGAUCAAACAAAACCAGUCGUUAUUCAGCUAAGCGACAGAUGGGACGAAAUGACUCUAACUAAAUUUAAAAGAGUCCUUCAGUAUUACUUUUCGCAUAAAGUAGCAGAUAUAUUUACUAUAGUGGACAUUGAGACUGGUUCAGUUGUUAUUACACUGUCGAUACCAACUUCACUAUUGCAGUCUCUUAUUGAUGAUAUCAAUAUAAACAUGACCUCAAUGAGUAGAUUAGGAAUAUUAGAAGUUGCUGUUGACAAUAAACUGAUUUCUAUCAGAAGAGAAGAUGAUAACAAUUUUGAUGUUUCACUCCAUGAAUCAGUUAAAGCUGGUGAUAGUUUUGAAGUAUCAAUGCUACUGCAGUUAGGAGCUGAUCCUAACAGUAAAGAUGAGAGAGGAAAGAGUGCAGUAGAGAUAGCUAAUGAAGGAGGACACACUCAAAUAAAAGAAAUACUAUUAUCCAGUGGAGGUGAGUAA